AUGCAAAGAAAAAAUACCUUUCUAUUCCUAAUUUUUAUAAUAUUCCAUCUACAAGUAAUAGUAAUUAGUUUUCGACAACAAUCUGUUGGUGUACGAGGUCGUCUUUUAUGUGGCAAUCAAAGUUUACCAAAUACACAAAUCAAAUUAUGGAAUCAAAAUAAAAUUGGUACGGAUGAUCAAUUAGCAGCAACAAAAACGAAAGCAGAUGGUAGUUAUGAAUUAAAAGGUGGAGUUGGAUCAAUUUUUGGCAUGGAUGUUGUCUUAAAAAUUUAUCAUGAUUGUGAUGAUGGAAUCAAGCCUUGUCAACGAAAAGUUGUCCUCCGUAUUCCGGAUCAGUAUGUUACUCGUUCGAGUGAUGUGAAACAAUGGUUUAAUGGAGGAGAACUGAACAUGGAAUUCAAAUUUCCGGAUGAAGAAAGAAGUUGUAUCAAUUAG